AUGUGGCGGAUGGUCAGCCUUCUUUUGGUGCUUGCUACUACUCACGGUGGUUGCAUCUCUACUACAAGCCCCUCGACCCCCAAUCCAACAGCCUGUGGAGAUAUUAUCAGACACCAGGGCUAUCAGCAGCCCGCAGUGGACCUGGUGGCGUCUCUAUUGCAGCUUCAACGUGAUAUCGACCGCGGUGUCUUCCAGGGUGAAUAUGCCUUUGAGGCGGCUUUGCAUAGACUGAUCCAGAGUGCUCAUGAAGACCAUCUGUCCCUGUCCGGUGGUAUUAUGAGCGCAUUUACCUUUGGAUCCCAGUAUGAUAUCGCCUCUGUCUCCCUGGAUGGUAAAGAGGUCCCCAAAGUGUACAUCACCGGUGAGCUGAUUUUUCCCAAGAUCACGAUUGCGCUGCUGAUGACCAUCAACGAUGAGGAUGUUGUGGACUUUUUGACCUGGUUUGCUGCUGUCAAUUCCUUUGGAAACUUGGAGCCCCAUGCAGACUGGAAUAUGCUAAUGCGAAGCGCUGCACUUGACAUCCAGGGAUCCUUCGAAGUCUUUGGUGGUGCUGCUCCCUUUUAUCCUGGAGAUUCCAUAAUCUUUGGGUUUGAGAAUGGGACAACUCUAGGCCCCUUUCCCUGGAAGGCGAUCUUUUAUAGCCAAGGGGAUACUGGACCUCUUGAGACUGGAGGUGACUUCUAUAACUUUUUUGUUCUGGGAUUUUAUCCUGCAUCAUAUCGUCCUGAAGAACCAGACACUACUUCAGUCCCUGUGUCCACUUCAACAACGGUGGCAUCAUCCUCUUCAUCAUCCACACCUACCACGACACCAUAUUUGUGGACACCUUAUCCCUUGUCCGAUGUGUCAGUCAACAGAAGUUAUAGCGACUCUAUGGAAGGUUUUUUUCUUCGCGAAUCAUCUAUGGCUGUCCUGAGCAUUCCCCACUUUAACUACUAUGGUGAGGAUGCGCAGACCUUCAGUACCACGAUAGAAGGUUUCCUAAGAGGUAGUCGUCAAGCCGGAUUACAAAGGGUGGUCAUCGACCUGCAGCAGAACCGGGGGGGGUUCGCCUCUCCAUUCGCUGGCAGUCACAGACGUACACACCCGAUGGCCGAUGUCUUAGGCUCGACCCUGACCGAGUACUGGAAUGACAUCGUACACAAUACAACCUAUGCACGCUUGUCCGCCAACGAGUGGGUGGCCACCGCUCGCCUGGAUGCUGCAACGGGGCAGAAUUUCACCUCCUGGGAGGAUUUUUACGGGCCGGCUGGCUUCUAUGACCGCGAUGGCUUUACCAAGACAGCAAGACACUCCAUCCUCAAUCAUGGUCGCUGUCAAGAACGAUACAACACGUCGAGCUCCAUUUUUGACCAAGAAGCGGCCGGGUUCAAUGUCGACGGCUAUGGUUCCCGGACACCACCGCACCAGGGCUAUAGAGCAGAGGACAUUAUCAUCUUGAGCGAUGGGCUUUGCUCAUCUGCCUGUGCACUUUUGAUGGAAAUGAUGCACCACGAAGCCGGCGUGCGCACCGUUACAGUCGGGGGUCGACCAACGUAUGGGUGA